AUGGCUUCUAAGAACACUAACUCCUCCUUGCACAUCGUUUUAUUGUGCCUUUGCUGGUACCUGAUCUCGUCGCUAGGUUCUCAAGUUACAAAGAAGAUUCUGACGAUAUACCCAAAACCUCUCUUCUUGGGAGAGUUCCAGUUUAUAUACACCGCUUUGUUGGCUUCUAUUUGUUGCCUGAUAGGCCAAAGGUUCCAUGGCUUUUACCAAUGUUUUCCCAAUGGCACAUUUCCACGCUAUUACAAUAACAUGGGAGAAAGGAGACAGAUUGACUGCAUUACCAGGCCAUCGAAACUCCUCCUUUUUACCAUCGUACCCUUAAGCUUUUGUCAGUUUGUCGGCAAAUAUUUUGGACAUACAGCAACCUCACUAGUGCCCGUUUCCACAGUAGCCAGUAUCAAGACUUUGUCACCAAUCUUUAUUGUUCUGACCCAACGAACGCUGAAUCUGGGUAAGGUGCAAUUGGGGAAAACAGCUUACUUCAGCUUGCUAUGUUUAAUCGUUGGAGUUUGGAUCAUUGUUAGGAAGGAUUAUGAGCAAAAAAAACCAAUUUCUACGAAAGGUCCAAUAGAAUUGGGCGCCUACUCUUCAUAUGGUAUAAUCUGUGCCAUCUGCUCCAUGUUGAUCUUUGUAGCACAGAACAUAUAUGGGAAGAGUGUGUUUACCUACCAGAAGAAAGUCAUUUCACAGAAGAUGGAUAAUGCCAAGGCUGAGUCUCCUCUGCCGAGCUAUGUCACAAGGAAAAGUACAAGUUGUGAGCGAAAAAACUAUGAUAAACUAACGCUACUCUUGUACAUCCCACUUGUCGGCUUUUGUCUAUCAUUUGGGUGGUUUAUGACAUUAGAAUUCCCAGACAUUUGGAAUGAAUGUAAAGUGGCUGGCUUUUCCGCAAUUCCAUGGAAGUUGUUCUUCGUGAAUGGAACGUUCCAUUUUCUGCAGGCUAUGAUAACCUUUCAUCUACUCGGUGAAAUCUCAACGUUAAGUUAUUCCAUAGCCAAUUUGAUGAAAAGAAUUGCUAUAAUAGCUGUUAGCUGGGCAUUCUCCGGGAUGCAAGUGACAACCUGGCAAAUCCUUGGUCUACUUCUGAAUGUUUUUGGCUUAUUCUUGUAUGAAAGAUCCAAAAGCGGCACUAUACAGGAGAAGAAAAUCUGA